AUGACAUCUAGCAGCAAAGACUACGAAGCUUGUAAUCAGUUGAUAGAAAAUUAUCUUAACAACGAUGCUGAACCUACUCUGGAAAGGUUCCUAAAUGACAAUGAAAAAGUCAUUGGCAAGCCAGAUUGGGACAAAUUGCUUUUAGCUGCAGUCAAAAAAUUCGAUACUGGUCCUCACCCUGUCCCACAACAACAAAAACCACCACCAUCAAUAGCAUCACCUUCAACACCUUCAAAAUCAUCGAAAAAGCCAAUCACAGCAGCUAUGGUCGACAAGUACUUUGAGCCUUUGGUUGAUGAUAAAAAAUGGACAUUGAGUACAGGCAAAGUAGUUGAAGACACCAUGAAAAAGUACGCGGUUACCUACAACUUUGAACAUCCCAUACACUCAUUGAUUUUAGAUAUUGAUGAUAAAAUGUGGGUCAAGGAUGGGUAUUUCACCGAACAAGAAAUGAGAGAAAUUAAGGAUGCUCGUUGCCUAAAAGAUCCAGAAUUACAGUGA